UAGUGACGUCGCUCUUGCAGGCGCCAGUACUUAUAACUUCGAGGCUGAGAAGGAAUCUCCAAGAUUUGAAAUGCCAGCGCGGACCUUCUACGUCGACGUGGCAACGUCUGAUGAGAAUUCAAAUGUUCAACGAGGUUCAGUGAGCGCUUCACGAGCUCCUCCAAAUUGAAUGAGCACGUUCUGCACAAAAAACGACAAUCUCUCAGCCGGUCUCAGAAUCCGGAAUUUGGCCGCCAGUAUCACUAAUUAUUGACGGUCCAUUAGAGCCCUUUCCCUCGCUUGCUCGCCACGGCCUACAACUGCCGAACAGAGUCAGACUCGUGGAUACAGCCAGCUCAUCAUGGAGCCAUCCCUGGCUUCAAGUGUGCUUGCUUCCCGAGAAUUCUACCGAUCAUCCAUCUCGGGAGCUAGGUACGGUUUUAGAGGCCAAUCUCCGAGUGUGGGUAGCCAGCCC